AUGGUUGUAACAGGUAGUGGCAUGGAAGGACAAGCCCCCUGGAUGAAGGGGAAGAAGAAGGAGAAAGAGACAGCUGCUUCUGCAGUUGCUCCUCCUCCUCCCCCUAAACUGGUGGCUGCUGCACCACCUCCCUCCUUACUGCAUUCGCAGAUCUCUCUUGUGCAUCCAUUGUUGAAGUGCCAAAUGAGGAAUCCCAGCCAGUGGAUACCGCAAUCCUAUUCUGCAUUGUUGCUGCAGGAUUCAACACCAUCCUUGAUUCUGGAACUACCACCACUCUUGUCCAGGAUCACUCGUACUUCUGGUCGUAUUCUAUGGCUGAUGCAGUCACCAUUUGCACUGCUAAUCACACAACCAACACCAUGUUUGCCUCACAAACUGCUUGCACACACCUUUGGCAAUGUUAAACCUACUAUCAGUGGGUUGGAUGCUCAAGGUACUGAACUUGGAGCCAUUCCCAUGGUGAACAACCUGUGCUAUAUCAACCCUGAGUUCUUGCCUGCCCCAUCUGCUCAGAUGCCUGCCACUACACCAAGCAUUCCUCCUUUCCCACCUGACUUCUCAGCAUUCACACAUGUCACACUGACCCUUGACCUAUGGCAUGCUCACCUAGGUCAUAUCAGUGGUGAAGCUGUUUGA